AGAUAAAAUCCACUGCUUCAGGCAGAAGACUGGGCAGUGUCUUGUCUUGGCCUCACUGUAACGAUGCAAACCCUUGAUGAAGUGGACCUCUGUUUCCCACAACUUCUCAAUGCCUCUUGCAGGAAGAGGGCAUUGCCUCCGGCUGUGUCCAUGAUCGCUUGCAUCAUGCUGACGUUUAUUGGUCUGCUCACUGUGAUGCUCAACCUCAUCGUCAUUGUCUCCAUCUCCCACUUCAGGAAGCUCCACACCCCCACCAAUAUCCUUCUCCUUUCUCUGGGUAUCUCAGAUUUUCUCGUGGGCUUCCUUAUUUUCAUUCAAACCUCGGUGAUAGAUGGUUGUUGGUUCCUCGGUGACUUCAUGUGUCUUCUGUAUCAUGUGCUGAUGUACAUCAUAGCCUCUUCCUCGAUAGGAACCAUGGUCCUCAUAUCAGUCGAUCGCUAUGUGGCUAUUUGUGACCCAAUGCAUUACCGAACCAAAGUCUCUGAAAAAAGAGUUAAGAUGUGUGUUUGUGCUUGUUGGGGGUGUGCGACCCUCUGUCACUGUGUGCUGCUGAGGCACAACCUGAAACACCCAGGCAGCCUGAAUUCCUGCAUCGGAGAGUGUGUCAUUCUAAUCAAUAACAUCUCUUCAGUCAUAGACAUGACUGUGUCCUUUAUAGGUCCUGUCAUUGUCGUCGUCGUCCUUUAUCUCAGAGUCUUUGUCGUGGUCAUCGUUCAGGUCCGUGCCAUGCGAUUGCGCACGGCAGCUGAUCCUCAACAGAGCUCAGUCAAAGUAAAGAAAUCAGAAAUGAAAGCGGCGCGGACUCUCGGCGUUGUUAUUGUUGCGUUUUUAUUAUGCAUCUGCCCGUUUUAUAGUGUUACGGUAACAGGCAAGGACACCCUGCUCAGUGCAUACAAUGAUGCAUUUAUUAUACUUAUGGUCUACUUUAACUCCUGUUUAAACCCACUGAUAUAUGCCUUUUUCUAUCCUUGGUUUAGAAAAUCUAUCAAACUAAUUUUUACACUACAAAUACUGAAGCCUGGCUCUUCAGACUUCAAAUUAAUGUAAAGACAACGGUGCUGAUGAGUAGUUUUUCAUAAUGUAGGGAUCCUACAGACCAAUAGAGAAACCCAGUGAACAGAGUAAAGCCUAGUCAUAAACUAACUUUAAACUGUCUGCUUUGGUGGACUUUAGAAUCUCUUCUAUGCCUUGACCCUGAGUUUGGAAGUUUGCGCAUAGUGCUGCAUGCAACAUCCCAGCCAUGUGCAAGUACAACACGUGGGAAAACUGAAAACCUGAUGUCUUUUAUUGCCUAUAAUGCAUCAUAUAUGUCACAUAUUGUGUCCAGAAUAUGUUUUACAUAUUGCACAAGUCAAUUCCCACAAGUUUUCUGCCCCUAAAUGUCAAUUUUCCCUUCCUAUUUAUACUUUUAUCAUUGCACUUUAGCUUUUGUAACAUUCUGUACAUGCACCAUGACUCUCUGUGACCAAGCUGUGAUUUAAAUAGUUGUUUUUGUUCUGUUUUUGUUUCUCCAAGAUAUGACUCAGUAAAAUGUGUCAUUGUCAUUGAUAAUCUCUUGUGCAUUUUUAAGGAUGUCUUCUUGAUGAAUUUUGCAAAGCUGGUGUUUGUGCAAAUUAAUAUUAGGACCUAUUAGGUACCUUCAUGCAAGAGCUAAGUGAUAUGGCCUUAAAUUAAUAUCCUGUUUUAUUUAAGUCGAUAGGUGAUAAACUAUGUUGGUAUUUCACACGAAAUGUGCUUUAAAUGUCUAAUUUUCACUUAAUUUUAAACAUUUUGCACAGUACAAUACAUAAAAAUUAUGAUGUGAAUAUAUUAAAUUCAAUGCAGUCACAA